AUGUACGUGGUGCCUCCGCCGCAGCGCUCCGAUCCGGGGUCAGGAUCCGGUGAUUUGCGGAUUUUGGAGGAGCAGGAGCUGCAAACACUCUCAGUGUCAGUCCUUGGUGAGGGAGGUGUCCCAUUGAAUUUUGAACUUGAUAGAGGAAUUUGUGGUGCUGCUGAAUUUGGCAAGUUAGAGGUGUUUUUGAAAAACAAUGAGGAAGCUAAAGUUUCACGAGAAGAAGCUUUUGAAGAAGGUUUAUGCCAUAUGGUUCAGAAGUUAGUAAACAUAUUGAAACAAAUAGACCCAAAGGAUCCUUUCCGGAUUGAUAUGACUGAUAAGCUUCUAGAAAAACUGCGGGGGCUCUCAACUGUUUUGGUGCGACUAAAAUUUGCAGAGCACUUGAAAAAAGAUGUCACAUACAUUGAGCAAGUUCCUAUAAGAGUUGGUCCGGAGUCAGUUACAGACCCAGCUUUCCUUGUAACUAGAAACAUGGAAGACUUCGUUACGUGGGUGGAUUCAUCCAAAAUAAAGAGAAAGGUGCUUCAGUACAAUGACAAAUUGGAUGAUUAA